UAAAUAAAAAUCAUCACUUUUUUUUUUCUCAAACCUUUCUCCAUCACUACCGAAAUUACGAGCUCCCUUUCGCUCCUUCUACUAAUUCCAUUUUUCAACUUUUUCUUCUAAUAACGAAGUUGCUUCCACCAACAUCUUUUUCUUUUUCGCUACCUCUUCCGCAUCAUCUCGCCUUAUUAUUCUCGUCCUCUUUGAUUGUUACAGAAAGCGAAAUCAAAAGCUUUCUUUUUUAAGAUUCUGUUUUUUUUUUUUAAACUUGGACUUUGGAUCAAGCUCGUUUCAAGAACGUUUGCAGGAAGGUGUUGACUUUUGACUAUUCCUUCCCGGGAUUGUAGGGAGAGAGAUAUAGAUUGGUCUUGUGAAGGAGGUUUGGUAAUAAGGAUGUUGGAUUUGAAGAGGGCUUCGUCACUGAUCUAUUACCUUAAGUAUGUCAAGAGGGUUAAGUUUGUCUAGUUUAUGUUUUUUUUUACCAUGUUCAUGUGGGGAUUCCUAUUCCUCUCUGUCUACUUCAUUCCGGGUCUAGUUCUUUCUGGGUAUUAAGCUUCUCUGGUGAUUGAUUAUAAAACAACCCUUUUUAGUUUAUUAGAAAGCUUCUCCUAUUCUACCAUAUUUAAGAUCAAACAGUUUCCAUUAGUCUACCUUAGAGUCUUAUACUACUUCCCUUCCCAUAUCACCUGGAAACAACUUUUGAGUUUCCCGUCUUCCGCUUUGUCUAUUUAGAGUUUUCUUCUUAGAGUUCAAGUUCAGUUUAGGCCUCUAGUCUUUGGAUUGGAUAUAUGGCAGGGCUUGAAUCCAAGAUUCCUGUUCCUGGAGUGAAGAAUCAUGUCGUAGAGGCAUGUCACCAUGUCGUCAAGGCACUGAGGGCAUCUGACAACAACCUCGAUGCCAACUUGAUAAAGCUUCUAAGCGACCUAGAGACUCAUUUGUCAACACUUGGAAUGGCUGAUACCAAAAAAGUUGUUGAAGAUACAGGAUUCUCUGAGAUCAAGAAGAGAUUCAAAGAAGCCAAGAAGGUUAUCCUCGCCUGGGAGCAAAACCAGUCGAUGAUGAUAUUUGAUGCUGGUUUCUCUGAAGCUGAUCUGUUCUUCCAAGCCCUCUACGAUGUUCAGAAAGUUCUUUCGGGUUUCAAAGCUUUGCCUAGCAAAACCAGCAAGAAGGAGAAAGAUGUUUACAACCAAGCUGCGGUUGUUCUCGACAUCGCCAUGUUGAGGCUUGAGAAAGAGCUCUUUGAUGUCCUGAAUCAGUACAAACAGCAUGUACAGCCUCAACACUUGUCUGUCAGUUCUUCCCGUGGAAAGGAUAUUGUUCUCGAUGAGUCCUUUGUUUCCCUAGAUGAUGAAGUUAUUGCUGAAGCUACUGAUGAACAACAGAUAUUGGGAUCCAACAAUGCUGAGUUAGUCGAUCCCCUCAUCAUUCCUCACGUCAAAGCUAUUGCAAAAGCAAUGUUUGCUUGCGACUACAGUCAAACGUUCCGUGAAGCUUUCAUCGCCGUCAGAAGAGACGCUCUCGAUGAGUAUACGGCCACCACUCUCGAGAUGGAGAGAUUCAGCUGCGUGGACGUUCUCGGAAUGCAAUGGGAGGACCUGAACGUUGAGAUGAGAAAAUGGACGAAGGUGUUGAAGAUAGUCACUCAGUUCUAUCUCCCCAGCGAGAAACAACUCUGCGACAACAUCUUGGGAGACUUUGAGCCGAGUUCUUCCACCGUUUGCUUCGUCGAGAUCUCGAAAGACACAGUUCUAUCUCUCCUCAGCUUCGGCGAAGCUGUAUCCCUCAGAUCUUGCCAGCCGGAAAUGCUCGAACGCUUCCUCGGCAUGUACGAAGUUUCAGCAGAGCUUCUCUUGGAUGUUGUUGAUAGCCUCUUCCCUGACGAAACAGGCUCCUUGCUAAGAAUGGCUUUCCACGAGCUGUCGAAGAAGCUAGCUGAGCGUACGGUUACAACGUUCUUGAAGUUCAAAAACGCAGUAGCCACUGAUGAAUCAACACGUGCCUUCCCUGGAGGAGGGAUACAUCACCUGACCAGAUACGUAAUGAACUACUUGAAGCUUCUCCCUGAGUACAAGGACGCUCUAAACGCACUCCUCGAGAACAUACAAGUGGACGACUCGAUCCAGGAGAAAACAGGACAAGACAUCCUCCCUUCCACGUUCUCCCCCACGGCGAGACACCUCAGAUCAAUCGUCACGGCUCUAGAAUCCACCCUCGAACGCAAAGCUCAGCUCUACUCGGACCAAUCGCUCAAGUACAUCUUCCUGAUGAACAACUGUCAUUACAUGGUCCAGAAGGUGAAAACAUCGGAGCUGAGACACUUCUUCGGAGACGAGUGGAUCAGGAAACACAUCGCUAGCUACCAACACAACGUCACGGACUACGAGAGAGCCACGUGGAGCUCCGUCCUCUCUCUGCUUAAAGGCAGCAGCAAUGACUCUGCGGCAACGUCAAGAGAAAGAUGCAGAGAGUUCUGUCUUGCGUUCGAUGAAGUUUACAAGAACCAAACUCGCUGGUCGGUUCCUGAUCCUGAGCUACGAGAUGAUCUUCACAUCUCGACCUCUGUCAAAGUGGUUCAGUCUUACAGAGGGUUUCUUGGAAGGAAUCGUAUAGGUGAGAAACACGUAAGAUAUACUUGUGAAGACAUUGAGAGGUUGCUUCUUGAUCUCUUUGAGUGUUUGCCUUCUCCAAGAUCGUUGCGCAGCUCUCGUAGGAGAUGAAUCAAAUGAUGAUGAUGAUGAUGACUCGAGCCUUUUAUUGACUCGAUCUUUUGUAUAUUUUUACUUUUACUUAAAUUCAGUGAUUUUGUGAAGCAUGUAACGUAAGUACUCUGUCUAUUGGGAUGUAAUUUGAUUUGCAAUAAUUUUUUUUUAAAAA